AUGGAGGCACACCAACGUAAGACCAUCGAGGCGCCAGGCCCUAUUCUUUCACGGGCUUUCCAGGAGCUGUCACAGGGCAUGGUUUGCGUCACCGACUUAAGAAAGAUUCGAGAUGUGCCUUUUCCUUUCCCUUAUUCGCAGUAUCUUUGCUGCAUGCUGGUUGCACAUUGGAUUCUGUCACCUUUGGUCGCAAGCCAGAUGGUGCUGAAGCCUUGGUGGGCUGGGAUUAUGGUGCUGGUGGUCUCCACCUCCUACUGGACUUUGUUCUAUAUUGCCCAGGAGAUCGACCAGCCGUUUGGGGAGGAUGAUAAUGACUUGCCAGUCCGAGAAAUGCAACACAAGUUCAACGCAAAAUUGAAGUUUUUCCUGGAGCCGUUGUCUACAAAGAUUCCGGACUUCAGCAUGGAAUCCAGCCACCAUCUUGAAAUGCUCAGAUCUUCCUACAACGUCAGCAUGUCCAAGAUCAUCUCAAGCCCGCAUUCUAUGGUUUCCAUGGUUGCAGCUUUUCAUCUGUCAGAGGCUGAUGGCCAGAAGCUCACACCCAAGGCAUUGUCUGAGGCUGAAGAGGUACAGCAGGGAGUGUCCUUGAUGGACCCCUUGGAGCCCAAGAUGCUGCGAGAGCUUCUUGUUCUAUUGCUGCCUGAUCAGGGUACCGAGCGAGUAGCACGGAUGCUUCAGCUUCUUGGCAUCAAAAGUGAGGAGCCCGGGUCCGACUUCGAAGCAGCCGGUCACAGCGAGGACUUUCGCAAGUUGUGCCAGCGUCACCAGGAGGAGACUGUCUGCAGAACGUCGCUCCGGGAUGUUUCGGUCCGUGUCGAUGAUUUUCUGAGUGGGGAAAACCCAGAAUGCCAAGAGCCGGAGCUCCAAAGGAGCUUUGCAUCUUUGAGCGAGGUGUUGGCCAGAACCAUUCCACGGGUGCAGAGAAUUUGA